AUUUUUGUGUUUUGAGAAUCCUGAUGUUUGUUGAUUUGAAAGAAGUACUUUUAUUGCGCUUAACUUGCCUUGGGGAGGUUUUAUUUAAUUCAGUGCCUACUGGCAGUGACAAUGUAUCUUCAUCUUGUUUGACAGUAAGUGAAUUCAUUUUAUUUUUGAGUGAACCUGCAAGAAAUCUCUGGAAGGAAACGUGGGGUUGAAAUGGAAGUUUUAAUAGCAGAUGUAAGAUGCUUUAGCAGGGACGGGCCUUUGAUAGUAAAAACCCCUCAGAGUACAUAGAUUUUCAAAAAAUUUUAUUUGACAUUUAUUUCACUUUUGUGCUAGGAUUUUUUUUUUCUUCUUUCAAUCUUUAUUGGAGUAUCAUAGCUUUACACUGUUGUGCCAGUUUCCGCUGAACAACAAAGUGAAUCAGCUGUGUUUAUACAUAUAUCCCCAUAUCCCCUCCCUCUUGAGCCUCCCUCCCACCCUCCCUAUCCCACCCCUCUAGGUCAUCACCAAUUAUCGAGUUGAUCUCCCUGUGUUAUGCAGUUGCUUAGGAUUUUUCUUAAAACCUUUAUUAACUAGUUGUAACCUAGCUGGUGAUAAAGAAAAUAUAAAACAUGUUCUAUUUAUUUUUGGUAAAAAUUGUUCUUUAAAAAUUAAUUUUUUUGUGAGAUAAAAAUGUAACAUGAACUCAUGGUACAAGCUUGAAAUAAUAUAGAAAACUGUUAAAAAGAAAACCCUUUCACCCCACUCAACAAUCUCUGGCCAGUGAUAUGUCAUUGCCCUUUAAGGAAAAUUCAGCCCAGGGUCAAGUUUUCAUGCAGUUAGGGCUUGGGGUUUAAGAGAAUUCAUUCAUCCCAUCACUCCCUGCAGUGGAUUUGAAUCAAAUGAGAAAUACAAAGUAUCAGAGAAGGAUGAGGCCAUGGGCUUUGCUCUUGCUGAGGCUGGAUCUGAGAGCACUGCUCGGACCUGAAGCCAAUGGGGGUUCGCAGCCGGCCCCCUGCCUGGUCCUGGGCCGGCAGCUGGGACUCGCCCGACAUCGGAGGGGAAGGCCUGGGCCUGCCCGGGGAGCUUCGCCCGGGGAGGAGGUGGCAGGCAGGUGACUGCUGAUGCGGGCAGGUUCUGACAGAGAAGGAGAGAGAAUAAAACCAUUUGAGGCAUUAACUCUGCUUCCCGCGGACAUGAGAACUGAGAAGCAUGAAUGAUUUAGUGCACUGUCAAGAGCAAGGGUGAGAAGCUGACAGCAGUGACCUUUCACUGCGAGGGUGAAAAUCGCUAAGUCCAGAUCCAUGCAGGAAGAGGAAGAGAAGCAGGAAGGGUUCCCCUGACAGGAAGCAACCAGGUGCUUUUCUCUGAAAAAGACACAGAAAGCUCAAGAAUCAAAGCUGAAGAGAAAGAGAAAAAUAUUAGCGCAGGACCAGUGACAUCCUGGGGUCUCUUCCAAUGCUUGGCUGGUAGUAUUCCUCACUCAAAGGACAGUCUGGGGGACUUCCCUGGUGGCACAGUGGUUAAGAAUCCGCCUGCCAAUGAAGGGGACACGGGUUUGAGCCCUGGGCUGGGAAGAUCCCACAUGCUGCGGAGCAACUAAGCCCAUGUGCCUCAACUACUGAGCCUGUGCUCUAGAGCCCGUGCUCUGCAACAAGAGAAGCCACCGCAAUGAGAAGCCUGUGCACCACAACGAAGAGUAGCCCCCGCUCACCACAACUAGAGAAAGCCCGCACGCAGCAACGAAAACCCAACGCAGCCAAAAUAAUAAUAACAAAGUUCCAAAAAAAAAAAGGACAGUCUUCACAAACGUGGUAAAGAGAUGAAGCCUGUAGGUCAGGGUUUGCAUCUGCAUCUUGAGAAGACAGAAGAGAUACAGAACCAGUUCCAAAGGUUUUUGGAUGAGAUAAGCAAACCCACUGAUGAAUAUGAACUGAAAAUAGCCAACAGGCUAUUUGGAGAAAAGACCUACCUCUUCCUUCAGAAAUACUUAGAUUAUGUUGAAAAACAUUACCAUGCUUCUAUGGAGCCUGUUGAUUUUGUAAAUGCAGCAGAUGAAAGUCGAAAGAAGAUUAAUUCCUGGGUUGAAAGCCAAACAAAUGAGAAAAUCAAGGACCUGCUUCCAGAUGGCUCUUUGAGCAGCUCCACCAAGCUGGUGGUGGUAAACGUAGUUUAUUUUAAAGGGCAAUGGGACAGCGAGUUUAAGAAAGAAAAUACCAAGGAGGAGGAAUUUUGGUUGAAUAAGAGCACAAGCAAAUCUGUGCAGAUGAUGAGACAGCGCCAAUCCUUUAGCUUCUUGAUCCUGGAGGACUUGCAAGCCAAAAUUCUGGGACUUCCGUAUAAAAACAAUGACCUAACCAUGUUUGUGUUGCUGCCCAAUGACAUAGAUGGUCUGGAGAAGAUUAUAGAUAAAAUAACUCCUGAGAAAUUAAUAGAAUGGACUAGCCCUGGGCAUAUGGAAGAAAGACAUGUGAGCUUGCACUUGCCCCGGUUUGAAGUGGAGGGAAGUUAUGACCCGGAGGUCCUCCUGGCGGCCAUGGGGAUGGGGGGUGGCUUCAGCGAGUGGAGAGGUGACUACGUUUCCGAUUCUGGACUGUCCUCACGCUCUGGGGUGCCUGCCCACAAGUUCCUGCACAGGUCCCUCCUGGUGGUAACCGAGGAAGGUUCGGAGGCUGAAGCUGCCACCGGUUUGGGCUUAGUUGUUACAUCAGCACCAGAUUAUGAAAAUUUUCACUGCAAUCACCCUUUCCUGUUCUUCAUCAGGCACAAUGAGUCCAACAGCGUCCUCUUCUUUGGCCGAUUUUCUUCUCCUUAGGACAGUCAGUGCCCUGGCAGAAAACCAUCAGCACCGCCACUGUUGGAGUAUUAAUAGGUUUAUGGAACUAGACUAUUCUUUAAAAAGUUGUUUUACUUGAGUUGCAAUCUUAGCAUCAAAAUCAAUGAUUAAUGACUAUAAUAAUGUGUAUUUAUAAUUUUCCUUGCAACUGAAAUGUUCUUUUGUUUGUGACAUGCACAUAGUAAGUCAAAUCAAGGCUCCUUAAUAAUCUUCCAUUGAUUUCUUCUGAAAUUAAAUGAAUGUCUUAUAGUUUUGUGUACUAAUGGAGUCUCUUCAAUAAAAACUAUGGACUAGUGAUUUUGAGACUCCCACAGGUUCUAAUAUUUUGGUAGAUUAUAAUACAGGAGUAAAAUAAAACAAAAACUUACUCAA